GGAUACAGUUCCCUCCUCCGCUGCGAAAUCACCGCGCACGCGCAGAUCGUUCUACAGCCCAGAGAGGUUGCUGUCAUGGCGGCCGCCACGCGUGUGCUCCGGAAAGACAUCAGCCCGUCUUUAGUGGUGAUUCUAGGAGCCACGGGAACUGGCAAAUCCAAACUGGCUAUCGAGAUCGGGAAAAGGCUUGAUGGGGAAAUUAUAAGCGCCGAUUCCAUGCAGGUUUACAAAGGGCUGGACAUCAUCACCAAUAAGGUUACAGAGGAGGAGCAAGCCCAGUGUCGCCAUCACAUGAUCAGCUUUGUGGAUCCAUUGGUUAGCGGAUACACAGUGGUGGACUUCAGGAACAAGGCUCUGUCUCUCAUCGAGGACAUGCAUCGUCAGAAAAAGCUGCCCAUCAUAGUUGGAGGCACGAAUUACUACAUUGAGUCUAUUUUAUGGAAAGUGCUCAUCGACACUGGGCAGGGGAGUGACGCAGUGUCAGAAAAGGUUGGAACUUGUGAAUCAAGGGUGGAGCUUGAGAAACUGGGAGGUCCUGAGCUUCUCAGACAGUUGAAUCCUGAUCCUGACAUGGCAGCCAUAUUGCACCCUCAUGAUGCACGCAAGAUCGCAAGGAGUCUGCAGGUUUAUAUGGAGACUGGAGUUCCACACAGUCGGCUUUUGGAGGAGCAGCAAGGACAGGAUGGAGGAGAUUGUCUUGGGGGUCCCUUGCGGUUCCAGAAUCCUUGCAUCUUCUGGCUGCACUACGAAACGAAUGCUCUGGAUGAGAGGUUGGACAAGCGUGUGGAUCAGAUGUUGUUGCUUGGGCUGAUUGAUGAGCUCAAAGAUUUUCACCAACGCUUCAAUGACAAGAAGCUCAAAGAGAACAGUCAGGACUAUCAGCGUGGCAUAUUCCAGUCUAUUGGCUUUAAAGAGUUUCACGAGUACCUGACAGCAAGUGAGAACAUAAGUCAGGAAGAAUGUGACAAACUGAAGAUUAAAGGACCUGCUAGCAAUGUGCCACCAGUUUAUGGUCUGGAUGUGACAGACGUGACCAAUUGGGAGACUACUGUACUUACCCCUGCUCUAGAGAUCCUGGACUGCCUUCAAAAGGGAGAACAACCAUCUGCACAGCCAAUCAGAGCAGAGGGGGUGGAUUCUCGCAACAAGCGGAGUUAUCACAUGUGCGACCUGUGUGAGAAGUUGAUCAUUGGUGACUUAGAAUGGACGGCACACCAGAAGUCCAGAAACCAUCUUUAUCAAGUCCGCACGAGGAGAAAAGCCGAGCAGGCCUCAGAUCAGGACCCAAACGCUACCAAACAUCAAAUGUCAGUGACAGGCAGGUACCUGUACUAUAGCGCUCCCCUCUUUGGAUCUCUUGGGGUCGAGCUCACAGACGGACCAAAGAAAUGAAGUGCUCAUAAUGUAUUUUUUUAGAUCAGUGGAAGAAGGAUGCUUUCAGUUUGACUGGUUGGCAGUGAGCAGCAGUGAUACUUCAACUCUCCCUUUGGAGUAGCAGAACACACUUCAGGUUCUGUGAUUUUUGGACACCCAUAUUUGAUGUUUUUUCCAUCUGCCAAAGACCAAAGGGUACGGCUGAUUUCUGGAUUUGGAUUCUUGUGCUGGACAGAUGUCUUCCCCGCUGCUAUUUUGUCUGAGCGGUGCACUUUAUAACCACAUCUAACCGCAUCUGAUGCUCUUUUAAACCACACUGUGGCGAGCUAUGCCUAACCUCUUUGGCUGUUCUGACUGAAUUCGAAAUGCAUCACUGCUGAUGUUGGAUUACUGGAUCAAAUUUUUCCCUGCAGUUCAAAAAUGGAGGUUAUUUUUUCGUUAUUAAAUUUGGUGCCAGAUUUUAUUUGGAAGCCUUAAAUUUUGUAAUUGUCUGAUCAGUUUGGGUCAGAAUGUAACAAUGACUUCAAGCGGACUUUCUUCCUCAGGAUUGCCAGUGCCUUUGCUUUUUCUGUGAUGACGUCCUACCAAAAAUGUAAUUUAUACACCCUCAUGCCGUUCCAAAACCAUUAAUUCUUACAUGGAACAUGUAAGCUGCUCUUUUCCAUACAUUGACUUAUAUAAUAUUGCAUAUAAUAUAUAUAUAUUUUUUUUCAUCUCAUUGUAACUUGUAUGGAAAAGAGCAGUGUGAACAUUCUUCAAAAUAUCUUCUCCACAGAGUUUUUAAACAUUAUGAGGCUGAAUCAAUUAGACUUAAUCCUUCACAUUUUAAGACUCAGUAUUAAGUGUUUUUUAUUUCUUGACUUUUACAGAAUGAUCUGUCUGUCACUGCAUAUAUUAUGUAAAUGUAAUUAAAGAGCAUUUUAUCAUUUUUUUA